AAAUAUUGGAAAGUGCAUCAAAUUACCAUAAAAUCAAAAUACAUUGGGUGAGAUGGGCAAAUCCUCGGGAGUAGUCAAAUUUCCGCUACAUCAGUCUUCCGGGCGCUAAAAUAGCACCAGCCCGUCGGAAGUGCGAUAGUUAUUGGACACGGUGUUGCAAGUUUGGGCUCGGCUCGUGUUAAACUUACUGUAGAAUGCAGCCCCAUCAAAAAAUAUUGUGGCAUCAUGGUCCUGCAAUUGAUCUGAAGUUCGCGCUUCAGAGCAAAGACAAACCUGGUCGGGAUUGACGAGAGCGCCGGAGAAACUGUGGCGCGAAUGUUUACCAGCGUAUUUUUAAAACAAGGGGAUUUCAACAAAAAAAAACCUUGAGCUGCCUUAAUUUAGCGUGCGGUGCUGUGGAGUGCCGGGGAACUGGAAGCGUCAGUGGGCGCUGCUGCAGCAUCUGUUUGCAGUUGGGGGUGAUAAAGGAACGAGUGAGAGAGUGAGUGAGUGCAGAGCACUCAGAAUUGAGCUCCAUCUCUCUCUCUCUCUCUCACACACACAUCCACUCACUCACCUGGGAUCCAGCCUCCAGGGCAAGCCGAGCUCAAAUAAUAAAACAAACAAGGCAAAACAAUCCGGCUCAACAGAUCGCUUCCACUCCACCAGUUAAUAUGCUCAUCGCUGCCUGAUCCUUCUGUCGUCGCUGGAUAGGAGGGGGGGGGAAAGGAGGAAGAAAUCAUUCUUCGGUUGCUAAGAGUCCUCAAGAAAGUCCUGGCAUGGCCCAGGGACCAACUGAACAAGCUACAUGUGGGGCGAGUGAGCCUGAAGAGACCUCUCCCAAUAUGUUGGUGUACAGAAAGAUAGAAAAUAUCAUCACACGGAUGCAGGAUGACAAAGCUGGUGGAGUGAUGAUCCGAACAGUGAAGAGCUUCCUGUCAAAGAUUCCCAGCGUCAUCACCGGUGCUGACAUUGUGCAGUGGUUGAUGAAAAGCCUGAACAUUGAAGAUCAAGGUGAAGCAAUACACUUAGGAAGUCUCAUCGCUGCACAAGGGUACCUGUUCCCAAUCUCAGACCACGUGCUGACAUUAAAGGAUGAUGGUACAUUCUACAGAUUUCAGGCUCCAUAUUUUUGGCCAUCGAACUGCUGGGAACCAGAAAACACAGACUAUGCCAUCUACCUGUGCAAGCGGACAAUGCAGAAUAAAGCAAGACUGGAACUUGCAGAUUAUGAAGCCGAAAAUUUGGCCAGGUUGCAAAGAGCAUUUGCAAGAAAAUGGGAGUUCAUCUUUAUGCAAGCAGAGGCCCAAGUAAAAAUUGACAGGAAAAAGGACAAGACGGAACGCAAGAUCCUGGACAGCCAAGAGCGAGCAUUUUGGGAUGUUCAUCGACCUGUUCCUGGCUGUGUGAACACCACUGAAAUGGACAUCAGGAAGUGUCGUAGGAUGAAAAACCCCAACAAAGUGAAGAAGUCAGUGUAUGGGGUUUCUGAAGACUCGCAGACACACAGUCCUAUACAUUCACUCGUAUCAACAACUAAGCAACCUGCAAAGGAUGAUCUGAAGAAGCAGAUCACUUUAUUGAAUAUCCAGCUAGACAGACAUUGUUUAAAAAUGUCCAAAGUAGCUGAAAGUUUGGUCAGUUAUGCAGAGCAGUAUCUGGAAUAUGAUCCUUUGCUAACACCACAGGAUCCACCUAACCCAUGGGUCAGUGACGACUGCACAUUCUGGGACAUGGAAGCCAGCAAAGAGCUCAACCAGCAGCGUGUCAAGAGAUGGGGCUUCUCCUUCGAUGAGAUGCUAAAGGACCCCGCGGGGCGAGACCAAUUUCUGAAGUUUCUGGAAUCCGAGUUCAGCUCUGAGAAUCUGAGGUUUUGGUUAGCGGCAGAGGAUCUGAAGAAACGACCCCUUCUGGAAGUGCCGGACAAGGUUCAAGAGACUUGGCAGGAAUUUCUUGCUCCAGGUGCACCCAGUGCCAUCAAUCUCGACUCCCAUUCCUAUGAGAUAACUAGUCAGAAUGUCAAGGAUCCAGGAAGAUACACCUUUGAAGAUGCCCAGGAGCACAUCUACAAAUUGAUGAAAAGUGACAGCUACGCUCGCUUUCUGCGUUCCAAUGCAUAUCAGGAGCUUCUACAAGCUAGAAAAAAGCCUGAAAAUGAGCAGGGUCGCAGAACCUCGCUGGAAAAAUUCACUCGCAGUGUGGGUAAGUCAUUGACUGCUAAGCGUCUUACUGGUCUCAUGCAGUCCUCCUGACGGACAUCCAGAGCUGCCUGCUGCAGAGAAUGAAGGAGCCUGUACCUGCAUUCCAGGGAGUCACCACAUGAAGGAGCCACUGUGAAGGGUCGUGCUGUAAAACUAGACAAAACGAUCAUCUUUGAACAUUGUAAUCUUUCCUCUGUGCAGAAUGAAUUUGAGUUACUGCAGAUGUCAUUGAAAAAUCUUUUUGUUUUUUUAAGAAUAGUGGGUCAAGGCCCAGGCAUGGUGGAGCAGAAAUUGAAUUUUUGGCUGUCAGUGAAACCAUAAAGUAGUUUCUCACAAUCUGUAACAAAAGGUGAAGAACUGAUGAAAUGCUCAUGCAUACAGUUCUAUUCAGUCAGUGCUCAGCACAGUUGAGCAAUACGUUUUAGCUAGGGAUAUAUGAAUUGCAUGCUGCUAGCUGUUUAAGUCAUUUCCUUCCCUGUCUCUUAUUCACAGCUGAUAGUAUCUCCCACAGGUAGAUUGCUGGCAGCUUCAUACUUCAACUUAACUGCCUGUCAUUGGUGUCGUUUCUUUGUCAGUUCUGAAGCAUCUCAGAGAAACACAGUAGAUGGUAUUUAAUGUACCUUCUGUUGGCCAUAAAGGAGCAGCACAUGCAUGCAGCUCAGAGUGAAAAGGGACGUUUAUUUAAUGUUGACUGACUGCAGAGGUGAGGAGAGAAAUCACACAAACCCAUUGCACGAAUCAGCCUUCAGUUCAGGUUUACUCAUAGGAGUUGCAAUUGCAUUGCGAUUAGCUACAUUACAGCCAAGAUUUCAUAGCCUCAAUGCUAUAUUUUGUGCUAUGUUACUUUAAGUGUUUCAUGACAUUCUGGGAUCUUAAUUGAUGAACUUGGCCUUUGAAAAGCAGGUUUUCUGACCAAUAUGUUAGUUCCUCAAUUAACCACCACUAAUGCAAAUUAACUGGGCAUUUACCUUAUUACCUUGCUGUGCACUAAUUGUGGGUGUAUUUUGCAUACAUAGAUAUGACCAUUUUGCCAAAGGGCUUUGUUGUCUCAAAGAUCUGAAACAUUUUAAGUUUCUGAAUAUGAAAAAUUAAUGGAAGAUCUUUCUUAUCACCAUGGGGAGUUUUUCAGUCUCUUGUCAAAUUUCUAUUCUAAUUAAAAUUAUUCGCACAAUCACUUUUAAUUCAAAUGAGGUAGAACAUUAAUUCUAUGUAUUUAAUUUUGUUUAAUGCAUAACAUAGGAGUAGCCCUUAUGAAAUGCGUUAGUUCUCAGUUUUCAGUAUUGUAAUUCAUUUACAUGCUCAUACACGUUUAUUAAUGUUUGCUUGUAUUUUGCCACAAUUGUCCUAAGUAUCAUCUGUACACCACUACCACUGCCCAUACAAAUCUCUCAAUUUGCAAAUUUAGAAAUUAUACUUCUAAUUCCAUUUGUGUAAAUGGUGAGCAAUUAUAGUUCCAGUACCAAUUCCCAUGGAACGUCGAUUCUCAUCUUCCCCCCCAGACUGAGUAACUACCUUCCAUCCCUUAGUCGCUGUUUGUAGCCAUUUUGCUUUCCAUUCUGUUCCUCUUGUCCACUCACUCAACGUUCUGUGACUUUUAUCAUGAGUCCAUUGUGCAGUAAAUGUCAAAAUCAAACAAACACAGAAUUCUGGAGCAACUCAACAGGUCUGGCAACACCUGUGGAGACAGAAAAACAGAGGUAAUGUUUUGAACAGUUCUUUUCAAAGGUCAAGUACAUUCCCAUAUGAAUUAGGAGCAGAAGGAGACCAUGUCACUAUUUGAACCGGCUUCAUCUUUCAAUAAGAUUGUGGCUGGCUGACUUGUGGAUCCAACUCUGUAUUCCUACCUAGGCCUGGUCAUCUGUGACUCCCUUGCUAGUCAAGAAUCUAUCUACUUCUGCAUCAACAGAAUUCAAUGACACUAUCUCCACCAUUCUGUGGAGAAGACUCUCAAAUCUGUCAGGAAAAAAAAAUCUCCAUAUUUCCAUCUUAAGUAGAAGACCCCUUAUUUUUAAACUGUUUAAACCUAAUAAUAUCUACUGCCUGUAAUAAGGUUGGUCAAGCAUGAAAUCCCUUUGAAAUCCACAUUCACUACUCGAUUGUAUUUCUAGCUUCUAGACAGUUUCCAUUUACAAUUUAAGGUAAAGAUUCUAUUAUCUUUCCUAACGCCACUGUUAAGUUAAAUAGAUAAAUACGGUCCCCUGGAUGUAUUCUAUCUCUUCUCUUAGAUAUAGGAAACAUCGCAGCUAUCUAUCAUUCCUUUCACUUUCUAAAUAAUUUAGUUUUCACCUAACUGUAGGGAUUCUAUGAACCUUUUAGCACAAGAGGUGCCAUCAGGCAUUAUCCCCUUGAAAUUUAAGUAGAGUCAUAGAGGUCUACAGCACAGCAAAAGCUCCUUUGGCCCAUCAAGUCUGUGCUGGUGAGAAACCAAGCAUCUAACUAUUCUAUUCCCACUUUCCAGCACUUGGCCCAGAGCCUUGUAUGAGUUGGCAUUGAGUUUCCCAAUGGUCUCCCUGCUGUCUUCAAUAUCUUUAUAUAUUUUUGAUCUAACGUCAUUAGUCUCAAUGGUAAAUUCUGACAUUAAACUCUCAAUAUUUUUGACCAUUUCCCUGAAUUUAUGUCUAACGUUUAAAAGGAGGUGAUUCUACCAUUCUAUCCAACAUUUGCACAGCAGUCAAUAACAUUAAAUUUAUCACUAUUGCACUUGGAGAAGUCAGUCAUUUUAGAAGAAUGAUAACAUAACAAUAUGUUGAUGCAGCUUCUUAAUGUCCGAUUCUUGUGCAAUGCUGCUACAGCGCCUUCCAAAACAGAGGAAACUAACUGCUUUGAGUCUCACUGACAGCCUCAGAAGAAAGUUUUAUAACUGGUUGUGUUAUUGAAAAUUAUAUUGCAGCAAAAUCUUCACAUGCAUAUAUAUGUAGAAAAACAUGUAAAAAUGUUAUAAAUUGAAGCAUGUACAUAUUUAUAACGAAAAUGGAAAAAAAUUGCAUUUUUUGCUUCAUCUUGCUCGUUGUCUCAUUCCAUGGGCAGAGAACGGUUGUACAGUUGAAUAUAUAGUUAGCAAUUCCAAUUAAAAUUAUGUUAAAGGUUUGUCCUAUGGUCCUUGUUGCAGCCCAGUAUCUUUUAGGGAUAGUUUUUAGCACCUCUUACAUUGAUGACACUCAUCCUACAUUAUGACCAUGAGAAAGCUAUAUGUUUUACACUUGCCAAUGUAGGUAAUCCAUCUCUCUAUACUGAUCCAUGCCCUUUAACAUGGGCAAUGGACACAUAGUUACAGAGUCAGUUUAAAAACAAACUCCAUCAUCAAAAUAGUUCAUCAAAUUUUAACAAAACAAAAUUCCAGUCAAUGGAAUACAAAGUAAGUGUUUUCUUUACAUGUAUAUACUUUAAGAACCUUAGAUCUUAAUAUCAGUAGCAAAAUAAACUACGGAUGUGAAAAGUGCUGGGUUUUUGGUCAAAAGCAGCAAACUGCUGUAACAUUGAGAUGGAGUUCGGAGAUAACCAUAGCCUUGGAAAAGAGUGAAUUAUUUGGUAGCAGAGAGGAAGUCCAAAGAAAAUUCAACCUCAAGUUUAAGAAAAGUUUAAUUAGUGCAUUUGGUGUUACUUUUAUCUUCAUGUUGCAGUUCCUCAGUUCAAUUCUUUGUAAUUAAUUCCUAAUCUUUCAGUAACUGUGCACGUAGGCAUCUGCCCAUGUGUGAUUUGGCAUCAUAUCCUGACUGAAGCACUCACAUGAAUUGUGUUGGGAAUUCUUUUGUCUGUGAAAAGGUUCUAUAAAACUGCAAGGUGUUGCUGUCUGAAGUAGUAAACAAAGUCAGGUUUGAGAGCCUACAGCAUUGGAGUUCAGAACAGGUCCAGAUGGGAGUGAAUUAAAUGGCUCAGAAAGUGGUUUGGUAGCAAUGUAUAUUAGAAUGCUAAUAGCAAUAUCAACACUAUAUCCUCAAUUUUCAUAGAAUCCUACAGCAUGGAAAUAGGCCAUUUGGCCCAUUGAGUCCACACUGACCCUCCAAAGAGUACA